AUGGAUUGGCCGAUGGAUGAGUUUCGAGCGACGGCAGCGGCGAGAGAGAGAGAGAGAGAGAUGGAUGGCGGCUGCUCUGGCCGUCUCUUCGACUGCGGCGAGUGUCGUGCAGGAGAGGACGGACUUCGAGGGCUGCAGUCUCUGAAGGCGCCAGGAGAGUUGGCAUCGAGGGGGGGAAAGUUCAAAUGUGCCGAUGCGGAUGGGAGCACGAAGAGCAGCGAUGGCGGACGAGACCUCGGACUCGGAAGAAUAUGA